ACGACAUCUUGGGUCAUGUCGUUUCUCAUUUUUUGGGUGUUAAACCCUUCGUUUGCUCUUCUUCUGAUCUUUGCAAUCUCUGUAAGGUUCUUCUCCGUGUGCCCACCACAGAGGUUUCAAUUGCAAAAUUGUGUGAAUGUUUUGAGAAUGGCAACUCAGGAAACCGGAGAAGAAAAUCAGCAAACUGCGAGUUCCCAAGCUGUUGGUUUCAUUGGAGCGGUGGAAGCAAAGUAUAGGCAAAUCAAAGAACAUGCAGAGACCUACCCUUAUGUGUGGGCUUCCUACAGUGUUGUAUAUGGUGGUUUGGCCCUCUGGACUACCUACAGAUGGAGAAAGCUUCGAAAGACUGAGGAUCGAGUACGAGCCCUUCAGGAGAGAUUACGCAAGCAUUAUGCAGCUGAAGAGCGUGCAAGUGCAACCGUAAGCUCAAGCACAAGUAGAAGCCCUGCCACCCCAGUUCAAAAGGUCCCUCCACCAUCUGCUGACAAAACCCCUAAAUAGUGAAGUUGUUGAUCCCCAAAUAGUGAAGUUGUUGAUUGAUUUUGUUCAGCUUUAUGAAAAUUUUGCUAUCAGUUUGAAGUUGAACACAGAUUGCUUGGUACAUCUGUAGCUGAGAGUUGGAGAGUCCAGAUGCUUAAUGUUUUAGGAUGAAAGGUUAGAAACUGAUAUUUAUUACCUAAAGCAGAAGAGGAUAAUAUGCUAAAUUUCACCGUCAUUUUUCCCCAUGGUGACUUCCCAUAAUUUUUCCCCAAGUUAAUAGGGGUUUGUAUUGAUGUUCAAAAGAAAAGCAGAAACAAUGUAAAGUGAGUUUUGAAGA